UUUUUAGCCAUUAAAAGGUAGGUUGAAUAAGCAGAAAUUUUAAUCGAGUUGGCAGAAAGGCUUUGACCGCCUAUUAACAACAUACUAAUUGUAUCCACAAGUUUAGGAAAUUGCAAGGAAAUUGCAGUUGAAGUGACCAUCACGUGGUGAGAGUCUGUCGUGUUACAAUCAUAAUGUCAUUACAUGGCGGAGCUCUGCUGGUGUGUGUUGCCUUCAUAGGAAUGUCCUCUGUCUUGCAAGAAGUGAACUGCGAGCACAGUAACGGAGUGGUGUUCCAGAACUUUGCAGGAAUGGAGCUUCAGGUGCCUUGUACCGUCCUUCAGUCGGUGGUGAGCACAGCGUCAGGCUGUACGAUGAGAUGUAAGGCCUUCCCAUCAUGCCGAGCGGGCUCGUACAACAAGGCAACAGCCAGGUGUUGUCUCAGCUCCCUUCUGGCCUACGAACAAGGCGCCACUUACCUGGAGAACGAGGACAGCACCUACUUCCAGCCUGUCACAGACACUGUGCAGUAUGACAACUGGACGCUGGUGUUCCGGGUGCUGGGGGCAGCGGCCAAGAGACUUACGCCACGUGGACGAGGACUGGUCUCCAUCAUGACCACUGGCUCGGGUCAAAGGACAUGGAACUGGGAUGUGUGAGCAUGAACGCCUCAAAGCCCUGCAACACUUUGUUCCGAAGUCGACUGCUGGACGACUGGUACAACCUCAACGUGAAGAAGGUUCGUGUGAGUCUUUUCAAGAACAGCCUGCAAGUUCUCAAUCUCCUUUUCGACGGGAGAGACUCCGGAUACAUGGACUGGUUCAGUCCUGGUCGAGUCCUUGAGUCGCCAUGGAAUGACUUGUACAUCGACAGAACUUACAACAUCUUCUCUGUGCCUGGGAGUGAUCAGCGCUAUUUCUUUAUCAACUCAUACUAUAAUUAUUGCCCUGGUGACACGGGCUGGCUUGCGGUUGUGGACAAAAGUUACAGGCAGGAGUCUGUGUCCAUGGGAAAACUAUGCGAGUCCCGCUAUCCUCUUCAGCAACUCAAGCGGGGCAGUCACCUGGCAGUCGCCGCCCCCCUACGUAGGACACGCUGACGUGUUUGCGGUCUUCGUCCAAUUCUGACGUCACUUACGGAAACCACGCCCCUUAUGAGACGUAGACAAGCUAACAUCAAGACGUCCUCUGAUUGGUCUCAUCGACUGCUUCACCAGUUGAAUGUUUAAACAUUUGUUUGUUGUUUGUUUGUUUGUUUACUUUUCCUUU